AGGGAGCCAACGGCAGCUGCGGCUUGCACACCAUUCGACCUAUCACAGCAGGGUUGAGGGCAUUUGGAUCACAGGGCUCUGGUUGCGGCAUCCUUGGAGCUGCUGUUGUUGUCUAAAAACAUCAACAGUGCACCGGCUAGGGGAAUAGAUGUGUGGCCAGGAGACAUAGAGGCAGACGGGCAAUCAUUUGGAAGCAACCCGGGGCAGGGUUGCUUUGUGCGAAGGAGAGCAGCGUGAGAACGAGUAUGGUUUCCAUGUAAACAGCCCAUCGGUCUGUGGAGCAGCUGCCUGUGUCACUGUUGAGGAGCAGGGAGAAGCUGGGGGGGAGGGGGUUGAAGGGGGGGGGGCGUUCCUUCUUCCUUAGACAUUACCCCUCCUCCAUCUGGCUGCCUAACGCUUCUGUCAUCACAUCAAGGAAAGGUUCUGCCUGGAGUGACUACUCUGGGGGUUGUUUAAUGCAUUCCCACAGGCCGACCUCAAUCCAUAGAGAAACUUUCUGUCUUUCUUAUCACACAAGGGAGACUUACGUCCAGAAAAGAGGCCCAUUGAGGCAUACGCAGCAUUUUUGGCUCAGCUACACAACUCUACACAUUCUUGGUUGUCCCCCACCCCUUAGCUAAAAUCAUGGAUCCAACCACGGCCGAGACCCCCGUCAGCUUUAUCUCCACGGUCUCCGGCAUGAAUGCCACCGCUGUGACCCCCCUUGUCACCCUCACCACGGACACGAGAAUGGAGCGGGACAACAUCACCGCGUCCAGGACAGCUCUCGCGGCUACCGCCAUAACUGUAACGACGGCCAACGGGACAAGCUUCAAUGCCACCGAGCCGGCACAGCUGAACCUGGAGGGCGCUGGGAUGGGCAUGGUGCUGGUGCCCUUUGGCAUCAUCACUGUGAUUGGCCUGGCGUUGGUCGUGAUGCUGUAUAUCAGGAAACGGAAGAGGUUGGAGAAACUGAGGCACCAGUUGAUGCCAAUGUACAGCUUUGACCCGGCAGAAGAACAGGAUGACCUGGAACAAGAACUGCUUGAUCAUAACCGUGAUGGCAAUGUUGCAGGACCCAAUAACAAGACGACCUCCCAGGGUACAACGCAGAGGCCCAGUCGCCUGGUCUUCACUGACGUAGCCAACGUUCUCAAUGCAUAACAGCACUCUUCCCUGCAUGGGAGGAAACUGGGCUAACAGUCCCAUCAUGGAGAUUUGUCACUCAGGAAAAAAAAAAAGGAACACUGGAGUUGGUUGAGGGAAUUCUGACCAAAGUUGUAGCACAGGCUUCAUAGUGUUUAGGACAUGAGGUUCUGCAAGUUUUUUUGAUAAUUGCACAUUGCCUAUGGUUUUGGUCUUCACUAACUGUGGUGGGAUACAUGGCAACGUGAACUAGUCUUGAACAAGUGAUUUUACACUGGUUGUUAUUUGUUGGACAAAUACUUGUGCAUUGUACAUUUUCUCUGUCUGUUGUAAAGUGAUAUUGGGGGCAGAACCCUGGAACUCCACUCUACACCCUUCUCUAAUGAAAACUGUAUCUAGAACGUAUUUAUUAUGACAUGUUCGUAUUUUGCUGCUAAAAGUAGAAAACCACGUUUGACUCGAGUCCUCAGAAGAGGUACUGCCGAAUGUCGCUGUUGUGGCGUAUCUAUAAUGGCGGUCGACUAGAGACAUGUGCCGACAAUGCUAAUGGACGUUCUGCACUUUGGAGAACUACAAUGUAAUAUAAGACGAUGUGGAGGGCUCUUGUUGCUACAGGACAAUUCCUGAGGAACUGUAACCCAGCUAGUGUAUACUACUGUACUGUACCACCCCCCACCCCAGUCCACACGUGUUCUUCAUCUCCACUUUUGCCCUGAACAUAUUAGAACAAGUAAUAAAACAGCUGCACUGGUUUCUACUGGUACACAAAGUACAGCA